AUGCCGGCGGCCAUGUCUCCGACUACUAGUGCCGACGGAGGCGGUAACAUCAACCCACUGUUCAAAGAUUUUCAGUUUCCUCCUUACGAUGAAAUACGGCCUGAUCAUAUUUGCCCGGGUAUCACCGCCUUGUUAAACCAACUUGAGCCAAAAUUGGAGCUACUAGAGAGUGUUGUAAAGGAAGAGCAAACAUGGGAGAAAUUGGUGGAACCACUAGAAAAGAUCAUCGACCAGUUGGGUUUGGUUUGGGGUGCGCUUAGUCACCUCCAGAUGGUUAAGAAUACACCUCAACUACGGGCAGCCAUCCAAAAAAUAGAGCCAGCAGUAGUUGCAUUUCGUCUCAAAUUGGAUGGGAGUAAGCCGGUUUAUGAUGCAUUCAGAGCUAUUCGAGAUUCCCCUACUACUUGGGAUGCCCUUAGUGAUUCUCAAAAGAGAGUAGUCGAAUUGAGAAUAUGGCUAGGUGUUGUUAGUGGCAUUGGUCUCGAAGGUGAUGAAAGAGAACGGUUUGUGGAGAUUGAACAGGAGAUGAACCACUUAUCUAAAAGGUUCAAGGAGAAUAUGUUGGAUUCCACAAACAAUUUUGAAAAAGAAAUUAUUGAUAUGAAGGAUAUUGAAGGGUUAACUGCCACAGCUCUUGGAUUGGCUGCCCAAAGAGCAAUCUCAAAGGGAUAUGAAAAUGCAACCGCUGAAAAUGGUCCAUGGGUACUUACGCUGGAUGCUCAAAGCUAUGAGUCUGUUAUGCAACAUGCCAAAAAUCGAAACUUAAGGGAGGAAGUCUACCGUGCUCAUAAGAGUCGUGCUUCAACUGGGGAAUUUGACAAUACACCUAUAAUCGAAAAAAUGCUAUCACUUAGACUCGAAAAGGCAAAACUUCUUGGGUUCAGCAACUAUGCAGAGGUAUGCAUGAAAAACAAGAUGGCAACUGUUGACAAAGCUCGUCAAUUCCUUGAAAAUCUUAGAGCUGUGUCAUGGGAUCGUGCAGUUCAAGAGAUGGAAGAUCUCAAACAAUUUGCUAAAAGCCAAGGUGCCCCAGAAGCUGAUAGUCUGGAACAAUGGGACAGAUUGUUUUGGUCUGAAAGGCUUCGCGAAUCGAAAUUCAAUAUACACGAGGGAGAUAUUCGUCCUUACUUUUCAUUUCCUAAUGUGAUGGAUGGUCUAUUCAAACUUGUCAAAAGGCUUUUUGGGAUCAAGUUUGAGGCUGCUGAUGGUUUAUGUCAAGUCUGGGACAAGGAGGUCAAAUUUUACUGCGUCAAGGAUUCUUUAGGCUCAACCGUUGGCUUUUGUUACUUUGAUCCAUAUUCACGACCAUCUGAAAAGCAAGAAGGUGCUUGGAAUGUUUCUUUUGUCUUUAGGAGUCGAGCAAUGUCACCUGAUGGUAUGUCUCCUAGGCUACCUGUCGCGACCGUUGGGACCAAUCUGAUGCCCCCUAUGGAUAACAAGCCAAGCCUCUUAACAUUCGAAGAUGUCAAGAUUGUGUUUCACGAAUUUGGCCAUGCUCUUCAGCACAUUCUAGUAAGAGAAGAUGAGGGUUUAAUUUCUAGUCUCCGGGGCAUCGAGCACGAUGCUUGGGAAAUACCCUCUCAAUUUAUGGAAAAUUGGUGCUAUCAUAGGGAAACCUUAAUGAGUAUCACCAAGCAUUAUGAAUCAGGAGAAACUCUCCCAGAAAUCAUGUAUGAGAAGCUCGUUGAAGCUAGAACAUUUGGAGCUGGCACUCAAUUUCUCUUGAAGCUAGGAGUUUCAAGUCUUGAUCUUGAGUUGCAUGCAAAUUAUGCACCUGGUGGUUCAGAAACAGUCAUUGAUGUAGAGCGUAGAAUCAUGGGAAGACAUCAAGUCUUUCCUUUGUUAUCAUAUACUCGUUAUAUAUGUUUUUUCUUUCAUAUAUUUGCGGGUGGGUAUGAAGCUGGUUGUUAUGGUUACCAGUGGGCAGAGGUCUUCUCAGCCGAUGCGUUCUCAGCAUUUGAAGGCGUUGGAUUUGAUAAUGAAAAGGCCAUUGAAGAAACUGGGAAACGAUUUCGAGAAACAAUUCUUGGAUUUGGAGGAGGGAAGACUGCUUCACAGGUUUAUCUAGAAUUCCGAGGACGUGAGCCGUCUCUGGAGGCUUUGAUCAGGCAUAAUGGUUUAUUGGUAGUUGAAGGCAGCACUGAUUUCGCCUAG